AUGGACAGCCAGUUCCUCCUCCGCCCCGCCCCUUCCCGCGGGCCCUGUCAACGGCUGCCGCUCCUGGCCACCAUCUUGGCAGUCGACGCCACAGCCCGCUCGCUGCCCGAGGAGGUACUGUCCGCUACUAUGUCCGAUAGUGACGAUGGGAACCCGGCCCCAGGGGGCCGGGAGAGUCCCGUGCGAAUGGCGGGGGCCUGGAUCGGGGUAGAUGGAGAUAGGGAUGCCCUGAUCUUCAACUCCGUGCCCCAGGGGGGCGGGGGGGACGCAGCCGCCGCCAUGGUGGCAGCAGAAAUCUCAGCGGCCAUGGAGAGCCUGAGGGAGGAGGCCGGGGCAGAGGAGGAGGAAGAGGAGGAGGAGGAGGAAGAGGAGGAGGAGGAAGAGGAGGUGAGACGCCAUAACAUACUGCUGGACCCCAACCUGUUACCCUUGGCGGGCUUUCACAUCAUGUUUCUGGACCUGGUGCGAAGAAUGCUGCGCCGUCUGUACAACAACGACCACAUCCUCCUGCGUCCCGCCUUUCGCAGUGCCAUUCCGCCCAGACAUCACCUGCCAGGUCAGGCGGCCCAGGUCCGCGUGCUCUCAGAGCCAGCUGCCUCUGGAGAGGGGGCUGCAGCUGUGCUGCCCGAGGGCGACAGAGCCGUAGGCUCUGGAGAGGGGUUCCUGGCCCCAGAGCCUGAGGCCAAGGUGGAGGAGGAGUCUGCGGCUGGGGAGAUAGCGGAGGAGGUGAAGGAGGAGCCCACGCAGGAGGCCGAAGCCCCCCAGGAAACAACUGAAGAAGGGGCCGAGGGUGCUGAAAGUAAGGAAGACAGCGAGGCGUUGAACCAAAAACAGGAAGGACCUGAAAUGGUUGUGGAUCCAGCAGAGAGCAGAUCCAGCAAAUCCAGUUUGGAGAACUAGAAAGAAGACAGAAGAAAGAAUUUGUUGUUCACUCUUCUGAAGAUUUUCAUUUUCAUAAAUCCAUGUUAAUUAUAUUAAACACUGAUAUCAUUUCAAACUUCAUCACCCAGAAAGUGCUAUCCAAUGACAUCUUUUAUUUCUUAUAGCUAUAUUUGACAGCAUUUGUUUUAGUUAAAAAUAAGUUUGUUUCAAUUAAUAAACUGAAAUGCAGGCAGAGUUUAGUUAGAUAAAUAAUUCCAACUCAUAUCUCGCUUACCUCUUUGUUUUGAAAGUUAUUACUUUCCACCAUUUUGUAUGCCUGCUUUAAAUUAUUUUAUGGCAGUCCAAAAUAAAUUAAAAUGUCGAGUUGGAAACAAUUUUUGAUGUCAAGCCUUUAGAGCUGCUCUGUCUGAUUUGAGAUGUGCUUAACUAUAAAAGGUG